AGGAGACAUUUUCCUCCAGACAUCGAAGAGGAGCAACCACUCGGGAUGAUCCAAGCCUGCAGUUCCUCGGAAAAUGAUCUGUCACCAUCUCUUGUCAUUUGGAUGUUAAUAAUUAUAGGCACGGAAUGCAUCCUUGGUAUCCUCGCAAAUGGGUUCAUUGCGGCGAUAAACACAGCUGAAUGGAUUCACAAUAAGGUGCUCUCCACCAGUGGCAAGAUCCUGCUUUGCCUGGGUGUAUCCAGAAUAGGUCUACAAAGCUUCAUGAUGCUAGAACUUACCUUAAGCUCAACAUCCCCACAGUUUUACAAUGACGACGUCGUGUAUCAUGCAUUCAGAGGGUGUUUCAUGUUCUUAAAUCAUUGCAGCCUCUGGUUUGCGGCCUGGCUCAGCUUCUUCUACUUUGUGAAGGUGGCGGAUUUCUCCUACCCCCUCUUCCUCAAGCUGAAGUGGAGAAUUUCCAGACUGAUGCCCUGGCUUCUGCAGCUUUCAGUGUUUGCUUCCUUGGGCCAGAGCGUGCUCUUCUUCCAAAACAUCCAUACUAUGAACUGCAACAGUAUUUUUACUCCCCACUCCUUCAACUCCACUCGGAAAAAGUCCUUCGCAGAGGCCACUGUGAUCAACCUGGUUCUUUUCCUUAACCUAGGGAUCUUCGUCCCUCUGAUCAUGUUUAUCCUGGCAGCCACCCUGCUGAUCAUCUCUCUCAAAAGACACAUCUUGCACAUGAAAAGCAAUGCCACUGGCUCCAGGGACCCCAGCAUGGAGGCUCACCUGGGGGCCAUCAGAGCUAUCAGCUACUUUCUCAUUCUCUAUAUUGUCAAAGUACUUGCUCUCUUUCUCUACACGUCCAACUUCUUUGACAUCAAUAGUCCCUUGAAUAUUUUGUGCAAAAUCGUCAUGGCUGCCUACCCUGCGGGUCAUUCAAUUCUACUGAUUCAGGACAACCCUGGGCUGAAGAGAGCCUGGAAGAGGCUUCAGGCUCAAGUCCACCUUUAUUUUAAAAAGUAGUCUCUAACAUUCACACUCAAAGCACCUUUCCCAACCAGCUCUGCCUUUUCCUCAUCUAGACUUCUAUCUUCCUACCUUCUUUCUUCCCCAGACCUGAUCUGA